AUGCCUCCUGUGUCUCUGUGCGUCCUCCUGCUCGCGCUGCUGGCGCCCCGCUUAUCUCGCGCUCAGUUCCCACGAGCGUGCGCGACCGCCGAGGCUCUCGCGACUAAGACCUGCUGCCCCGCGUGGGCAGGUGACAGCUCGGUGUGCGGCGCGCGUUCCGGACGCGGGUUCUGCCAGGACGUGACGGUGACGGAGCUCCCGAACGGGCCGCAGUUCCCGCACAGUGACGUGGACGACCGCGAGCGCUGGCCGCUCGUCUUCUACAACCGGACGUGCCGGUGCGCCGGUAACUUCAUGGGCUACGCGUGCGGCGAGUGCAAGUUCGGCUACUACGGCGCAAACUGCGGGGAGAGGCGCGAGAGUCUGAGGCGCAACAUCUUCCAGCUGUCGGCGGCGGAGCGGCAGCGCUUUAUCUCCUACAUCAACCUGGCCAAGAACACGGUGAGUCCCGACUACGUGAUUGUCACCGGCACGCGCGCGCAGAUGAACGACAGCGCGAGCCCGAUGUUUGCCAACAUCAGCGUGUACGACCUGUUCGUCUGGAUGCACUACUACGUGUCGCGCGACGUGCUCCUCGGCUCCGGUAACGUCUGGCAGGACGUGGACUUUGCGCACGAAGCGGCCGCCUUUCUGCCCUGGCACCGCGUCUUUCUGCUCUUCUGGGAGCGCGAGAUCCGCAAAAUUACCGGAGACUUCAACUUCACCAUCCCGUACUGGGACUGGAGAGACGCCUCCGACUGCCAGGUCUGCACCGACCUGCUGAUGGGAGCGCGCAGCCCCCUGAACCCGAACCUGAUCAGUCCCGCCUCGGUCUUCUCCUCCUGGAAGGUGAUCUGCAGCCUGCCCGAGGUGUAUAACGAGCGUGAGGUGCUGUGUAACGGCGAGCCCGAGGGUCCCCUGCUUCGUAAUCCUGGCAACCAUGACCACGAUCGUGUCGACCGGCUACCCACCAACGAUGAUGUUGAGUUUGUACUGUCACUCAAACAGUACGAGACCGACACCCUCGACCGGCGUGCCAACAUGAGCUUCAGAAAUGUUUUAGAGGGUUUUGCAGAUCCAGCGACGGGCAUUGCGGUGACGGGUCAGAGCACCAUGCACAAUUCCCUACACAUCUUCAUGAACGGCACUAUGUCAUCAGUUCCAGCAUCAGCUAAUGAUCCUAUAUUUCUACUGCAUCACACUUUUAUAGACAGCAUCUUUGAGCGAUGGCUGCGUCUUCACCAGCCCCCUCGCUCACUCUACCCAGAAUCCAACGCUCCCAUUGGUCAUAAUGGAGGCUACAACAUGGUUCCUUUUAUACCUCUGUUUAAAAACAUGGAUUACUUUAUUAACUCCAAAGAGCUUGGAUAUGAGUACACCUACCUACUGGAUCCCACUCAGCGCUUCAUGCAGGAGUUCGUCUCUCCGUAUCUGGAGCAGGCGCAACAGAUCUGGCCCUGGUUACUUGGAGCCGGAAUCCUUGGCGCCCUGGUCGCCGGGGCUGUCGCCGGGGUCAUUGCUAGGGUCGUUGGCGUGACACGGCACAGAGGGCCUGACAGGAAGAAGCAAUACGGAGAGAAACAACCUCUACUAAACAGCAGCGAAGAGGAGACUACAACCUCAUAUCAGACCUCACUCUGAACACACACACACACACACUUACACACACAUUAAAGGGCUUUUUUGUGGUUGAGUUAUUAAGGGGGUUGGGGAUUGUGGUGGAGAAAGGAUCUUGCACAAGAAAAAUAUGGGGGUGAGUGUGCAGGUAUGCAGUUCACACUCUUAUCAUCAUCGCUUUCUUCACCCAAGCUGGGUUGGCAAUAGGACAUGAGGAUACAGUAUAUACCUCGGCCACACCUGAACCCCUCCAUGUCAGGCUAAGUAAAAGAUUUUAGUCGGAAAUGGUUAAAGUUUAGCAAAUUAUUCUGGUUUUGUCCAUUUUUAUUAAUGUAAGUUUAAUGAAACACACACAAAAGACCCAAAGACUUCUGUACUGUAAUUAUGUGACUAU